GAGUAUAAAGUCCAUGAAAAAUGUGUCAUGCUACGCUUCACCCCCUCCCUCUUGAACCACGCCGCAUCAGAAUCAACGCUUUCAUAUCAUCAACAAGAUGUAUCUCGUGAAAUCUUUACUUGGUUUUGUCAUACCACAUCUAGCAUCCAAUCUAGUCUCAUCACCUACCAUCGACAACCAGGGUGGCGUCGCCUAUUAUAACCCGACUGCUGGAGGCGGAUCCAUGCUCAUGAACGCUGGCGAUGGAUACGGUGAACCUUUGAAUGUCAUCAUCUCUGGUCUUAGCUCUUCCGCCGUCCUCACACUUAACGGGGCUAUCAAUUUUGCCCGUGCUAUUGGAUUUUCUAAAGAAUGUUUUGGUCUUCAUUUAGGUGGUUAUAUGUCCGCCGACUUGGGGGAUGGCAAUGAAUGGGUCAAUCAAACCAUCGAACUUCGCCAGGACUAUGGAAACGCAGGUGGCGGAACGUGUCUCGAGAGCCUCGUCGGUGGAAACCAUUUUCGUAUUUUUGUACAGAAUGGCACUGCAGCUGACAGUGGCGCUCUCUUCCUGGCGGUGUCUCGAGAGGAACCCGCAACAAAGAAUCACGAUAUCGUACCAGAUGGGUACGAUAUUGGCCGCAACCAGCUGGUGACAGCAGCGGUUGGCAAGACAAGUUUUGGUGGGGUCAGAUACAUUACCACUGCCCAAAACAUCACUGGUCUCCUUGCAGCUGGCGCUGACGGCGUCAAUCAUGGCAUCGCACAGGAUGGCAUUGUUACGUUGUUGACCGUUACGAUAGAUUAGAAAUAUACUGCCUUUUCCCCUUUCCUUUGUAAUUUCCCUAUGCAUCGCUCGCCUCACUGUCGAGCAUUGGCAAAUGAAGAUGCUAGAGUUAUGCUACAAGUGCUGUGUGAAGUGACACAAAUCAAUGAAGUAAAGCCAAAUGCAAAGAAAAACAUCUUGGACAGGACCAAAGUCUAUCGAUCCACUGCCACUCACAA